AUGGAUCCUCUCACGAUCACCACUUCCGUGGUCACGCUCAUCGGGGCGAUUUCUGCAUCUUACGACACCGUCGGCAAGAUUAAGGAUCUCCCGAAGGCUUUUGAUGAGGUGAAGAAGAGCCUUCCCAUCGUCCAAAAAGUCCUCGAAGACACGCGAAAGAGGCUUCAGACCGUUCAGACAGCUCUCGAUGACCACAACAAACAGCUGGUUAUCCAAACCGUCCAACAAUGCGAAGAAAAGGCGACCAUUCUGCGGGAUAUCUUCGACAAACUCGAGAGGAAAUGCAAGGAGGACCGCGAUGCGGACACCACAUGGUCAAAGGCAAAAGCGUGGUAUCGAGAAGCUCUUCGAGGCAUGAAGGCCCAUCGAGUCGAAACUCUCAUGAAGGACAUCAUGGGCCGCAUCAAGGCUCUGGCGAUGAACGAGCUUUUGAGUCUACAUGAUGACGUCGACGUCGUCAGCAGCGCUCUUGCAGAGUUGUCGCAUGCUGGCUCGUCUUUGGAGGAUUGGGAGUUUGAAAUGGGCGGAAAUCAUGCGACUCAAGUCAAUGAAUCCGGUGCACACGGUCAGCAGAACAACACACAGGGUGGCAGCCAUGUAAUGAACUCGGGCUACAACGUCAGUGGCAGUAACCAUACGUUCCACUUCGGUAAGGGUUGA